AUGGAGCCGAAGCAACUCAAGGUGCUGGUGUGGUUUGUGGGCACCCGCGGGGAUGUUCUGCCGGGGGUUGCUCUCUGCAAGGCCUUGCAGGACCGCGGUCACGAGGUAGCCAUGGGUGUCACCCCCGGGCCAGAGGAGUGCAUCCGCGCGUAUGGAAUCCGGGCCAUCACUUUGGGAACGGUUGCGUUCAAGCUUCGAGAUGAUACGCACGUCAUGUCGCAGGAGGAGCUGGAGAUAUUUCGUCGGUCGACCAAUCCACGUGAGUACCUCGUGCUUGAGCACAAGUAUGGCAUCACCUGGAACGGUCACGAGGCUAUGCCAGAUUCUCUUCGAGCUUGCCGCGAUUUGAUGCAGAAGGAGCAUUUUGAUGCAAUCGUUUCCACGGUCAUCACAUCCGGCGCAGCUGUCCGCUUGCUCAAGAUGUUUCCUCACCUCAAGAUCAUUCGCUCUGCCUUUUCCUUUGGCUCCUUUGCUCCUCCGACUCGUGCAUUUCCGCCGGGCGGCUAUGCGGACUCCCCACAAUGCUACGGCUUCCUGAACAAGCUGAAGCACUUUCACUUCCUCCUCUUUCGGUUCAUACCCUUUUUGUUCAAAUCCAACUUCAUGAAGCAAGAGAUGGCCCAAACACGCGAGAUCGAGGGCAUCGAUCAUGAUGAAGGCUUCAGUGUGUUCCAGACAAUUUCAGAACUGCCAGAGCUCGGACUCUGGAGCCCAACUUUGCAAGAAAAGCCCAGCGAUUUUCCCGUCAAUCACGUGGUGACUGGGUGCCUUUUCGUUCCAAAGUUAGAUGGCUGGACACCCUCGGAGGCCUUGGAAGCUUUCAUGCAAAAGCGGGACAGCAAGGGUCGCAAACCGGCCGUGAUCACGUUCGGAUCCAUGAUGGGCGUCGAGAAGGUGCAGGGAAGUGUCCUCCGUGCUUGCCAACAGCUGGGCAUGAAUGUGGUGAACUUCGUGCCCAAGACGACAAAGCAGCGGGAGAACACCAAGUUUAGCUUCACCGAGUCCUCUCCAGGCGGGGAAGCCGGAACUGGCGUCUUCGAGCUCGACUACGCACCGUUUGAUUGGCUACUGCCCCUUGCUAGCGUGGUGAUUUGCCAUGGUGGGGCGGGGACUACAUUCCGGUCCCUCUGGGCGGGUGCGCCGGUCGUAGUAUGCCCCAUCUUCUCACAGAUGGUCGCAGACCAGGUGUCCCACGGCCAGUUCGUGGAGCGCAAGGGCUUGGGUACCUGGAUCGAGCCACUCGCGCCCAGUGUGCAACAGUGCCAGGUGGCCAUUGAGCAGGCCCUGAGGUGCAAAGAGAGGUGUGCGGAGGUCAGUGCCAAGAUGCAAGAAGAGGAUGGCGCUGCGGUGGCAGCAGCCGAAGUUGAACGCUUCGCGCUUCAGCCCAAGGUGAAGGAAUCCACUUGCUGCAUCGCAUAG